GCAGCUUCCAUGUAAACACCAACAGAUAGACGAUUUGCACAGCAUCUCAGCGCUGGGUUUGCAUCCGCAAUGCAAUUGACAGCUGCAUCUUGUUAGGCAACGCAGAGCCUUUUCCGACGAGAUAACGUUUAGAACAACCUCAGUAACGUGUCUUAAAUUUGGAAUUCUUGAUCCCCUUCGCUAGAAGUACUAGGUCACGUAGUGUCCCGAUGUGGUCGUGCCUUCUCGUGCUACGUGUUUGACGGCGUAAAGGCUAACCUACUUGUGGCUUGUAACUUACCAGCCUUCUAACCUAGCGUACGUAGUUAGUAUCUUGGUCGGGCGGCGAGCCUUCAACGGGCGGUGCUAGUCAGUGUCGGUAGGCUCCGACACUGACGACCGUCGGUAGGCUGGUGCUGAUCAAUCGUGGUGACGUCCACACCUCUGCCAGCCUGCAGUGACAGCUAUACAUACAUCGGGCAAACUAGAGUGCAGACAAAGUGCUCCGGUCCUACGCGCCCAACUGCCAGAGGUCGUUGAAACAGAAACGUUCGGUAGAGCCGUCAACCGCUGUACUGUCGCGCCGCAAUGCAGCAGCAACAACGGGGUACAGUGUACACGCGGACCUAACGUGUGGCAUAGCAGCGACCAGGCUUUGAGCACAACAGCAGUUGGCCGGACGAGCACCCCCGAUCAAGCCCUGUGUAGGCUUCACAGGACUGCGCCCCUCCGGUGCGAGCAACACCACCAUCAUCAUCAACAUCGUCAACAAGGAAGAAUGCGAUAUGGACCUGGCCAUGACGGGCUUCGUGAAGGAGACGCGGACUGCUGCUGCCCACCACAUGCCACUGCGCCCCUGCGUCACAGCUCGGAUACCACAUGCCAACAGCGCACAGCCAGCCCCUGCUGUGGCGCGGCCCCACAACCCGCUGCGACCCAGCCAGUCGGCUGCUGCCGCUGUUGCUGCUGCUCUUCCUCAGCCCCCCGGAAGGCGUGUCACAUGCAAGACAUCUGCUACCAUGUUCGCCCCAGCCGUCGGCAUUCGUGGUGUAGCAGUAGCAAGGCCGAUGUUGCAUGUUUAGACCAGGAGCAAGCCGACAAGGGAUUCCACGAGAUCUCCGAUCGUUCCUCACCCGCGCUGCGACAGUGUGGGGACCCACACAGCUCCCUAAGGCGGCAGCAGCAGCCCAAGACGUCGCUGCCCUUGUCGCUGCUGCUGCUGCUCCUGGCCGCCUACACGGACCCACGGGUCGCUACAGCUGCGGGAGCGGGUGCCGAAGCGGUUGACAGCUCUGCCGGCGGCGGCGGCGGGGGUGGCGGCAACGCGGAUGUUGGCUGCGAGCCGCCCCGGCCGCUGCCCGAGGGUGUGAUGGUUCGCUGGAGCUGUCAGAACUACAGCAUGAUGUGUAUCGACCAGCAGCAGUUCAUAUCGUACGACCCGGCCUACAACCCGCGGCUGAGCCGCAAGAAGCUGCCGGCCUUCUCGGUCAAGGACGUCGUCUACAACUGGCCCAACCCCUGGGGCAACGGUGACAAGUUCGAGCGGGGUCGCGACCUGCACGUGGCGCCCGUGGUGCUGCGAGUCAACACCAGCGAGGAGGCCAGCCCCGACCUGCGGCAGCCGGCAUUCAGCCGCUGCACCAGCCCCGUCGUGCUGUGGCAGAGGUGGAUGUUCAACGUGGGCGAGGUGUUCGAGACCUCCUACGUGCGCAUGUGGGAGGAGUUCCACGCAGGCCAGGUGGACCCCGCGCUCAGCCUGGUGCUGGCCACCCCGCACGGACUGCGGCUGCCCAAAUUCGCGCGGCUGUUCUUCGAGGCGCUGUACGACAAGGAGGUGACCUCCCUGGCCGAGUUCUCCGCCCGGCGCCACGACAUGCGGCAGCGCAGUAACGCCACCGCGGAGGGGUGGCACGUCAGGUGCUUCGAGCGGGUAACGCUGUGCCGGCUUCGGAACCGCAAGGAGGACACCCUGUGUGCCGCGGGCGCGCACCUGCUGCGCCACUACGGCCCCCGCCUGCCGCCCGUGAGCGACCUCUUCCACCCGGAGCUGGACCGGGAGACACUCAAGGUAGUGUUCGCGGGGCGCCCCAACGCCACGGGCCGGGCGCUGCUCAACGAGGGGGAGCUGCUGGCGGCCUGCAACGCACUGCAGCCGGAGGAGCUGAUGAGGGAGGGAGGGGAGCUGGGAGAGGAGCUGGGAGGCGGCAGGAAGCGCUACCGGCGGGUGAAGUGUGUGAGCCACGUGUUCGGAGGCAACCUGCUGUACGACCUGGCGCUGGCGGCGAGCAUAGACGUGCUGGUGGCCACCCACGGCGCCGCCGGCUACCACUCCUUCUACAUGUCCCGUGGGUCGUCCCUCAUCGAGAUCCUGCCGUACAAGUUCUCCCACCAGUGGGUCAACCUGUACUACGCAAAGAUGCUGCAGUUUGAGAAGAAGGUGUUCUACUGGUCCAUUUGGAUCCAGGAUCCGCUCAACUCGCGGCCCUCCGCCUUCGAGGAUGCUGACGUGUUCCGCGAGGCCUACGCGGGCCGGGAGCGCCACGUCAGCCUGCCCUGGCCCGCGCUCCGGAGGCACCUGGCGAAUGUGCUGCAGGUGGGCGGCAACGCGCUGUCGUACAAGUCCGCCUACCUGUCCGGGCGGCACUCCAUCAGUGAUGGGCUGCAGCCGGUGGAGAACCGGCUGGAUCUGGGGAAGGAAGGGUGGGAGGGUUACAAGGGGGAUAAAGAGGAAACAACUGAUUGACCGUGUGAUAAGGCGUCAUCCUGGUUUGCAACAUGUGAGCCAGCCCGACCCGCCCAAGGGUACAAGGGGGAGGAGGUGGAGGGGGGAGGUAAAGAGGAAACAACUAACUGACUGAGGGAUAAGGCGUCAACAUGGGUUGCAUCAUGUGAGCCAGCCCGACCCGCCCAACCCGAAUUAGUGAAGCCAGUACGUGGAGGGGAGGGAAGGAAGCAGGAGGGAGACAGAAGGAGGAGGGAGCAGGAGCGGGAAGAAGGAGCGGAGCGUGAGGGACAGGGAAGGAGCGGGAGAGGAGGGGGCGGAAGAGGUGGUAGAGGAUGAAAUUGGGCGGGAGGAGUAGCUUUUAUGGGGAAUGAGUAACUGUUGCGAACGCUAGCGCUUAGUUGCAGGGGCGUGUUCCGAGGGAGAGCUGCUUCGGAAGGGAAAGGAAUCGGUGAAGUGCGGAAAGAGUCGGUGCGAAUGAGAGACCUUUUUGAGUAAGGCAUGUGGAUGCGGGGAUGCAGGUGCGGACGGCUUCUUAAGGUCGGAGAAGUCAGGCGGAGGAGCGCAAGAGUGGUUUCAGCGCUGACAUCUUCCAAUUCUUGCGGGGUGCAGCGUUGGGUUUCACCCCCGGGCGGUCGGCACUUAGUCACUCGGAGCCCACGUGGAUGAGCGUAUGAGCAUACAAAUUUGUUGCAAAUGCUACUCAGCGUGGAACGGUCGAAGCGAACUUCUGACAACCCAAUAAAGCCUAACGGCUCAAGGGUGGGCACUGUAAUAUAGUAGGC